CAUACACAUUUCCUGAAAACGCCCCGUGCAAGAAAAAGAAGGAAAACUCAAGUGACUGAAUAAUAGCAAUAAGCCUGCUUUGUUUAUCCAAAGACGGCGGGUUGGACAUAGGCUGAAUUCUGCGCCAAACUUCCCUAAAAAAUUUCCCUUUCUUCCCUCUCACAAAACUUACCAGCAGCAUUCAGUCUACUGCCUCAAUCUCACCCGCACCGCACCGCCGACCAAGGUCAGCGACAGUGACCGCCCACCGGAUUUGUCUACGCGGCACCAAACCUGCGCGUGCCCCGGCAGCUUUUUAAAUUGGGAGUUUUGGACUCACUGGCUGAAUAAACGACGGACCACCGACUGUCGCCAUAUGGAUAGAGGAGGCCUUGGUAGCGAAGGAGUGGAUGAGUGAAGCGACUGUUAGCCUAACGUCAAGUUAGUGAGCAUUAAACGAAGUGACACCAUGUUGGGGAACCCAGGGUCUUAUGCCAACAAGAAGAGGAAGAAGCCUGUUCUCAAACAAAAGAAGAUCUCUGAAGGUAAUAAAGUUGUUAAAUCGAACCCUUCGAAGCGCCACCGGGAUCGGCUGAAUGGGGAGCUGGACCAGCUGACAGACCUCCUGCCCUUUCAUGAUGAGGUCCGCUCUCGUUUGGACAAACUGUCGGUCCUUCGCCUCAGUGUGGGAUACCUGAGGGUCAAGAGCUACUUCAAAGCGACCGUGAAGAGCAGUAACAGCAGUCUGAUGUUUCCUGGAGUAAACGGGCAGAACAGGAACGGGGACACCGCUGGCUUCUCUGAGGGGGACCUAUUGCUCCAGGCGUUGAACGGGUUUGUGAUGGUGGUCACGUCAGAGGGAUCUGUGUUUUAUGCCUCGGCCACAAUCAAGGACUACCUGGGCUUUCAUCAGUCCGAUGUGGUUCAUCAGAGUGUGUUUGAGCUCAUCCACACUGAUGACCGGGUCAUGUUCAGACAGCAGCUUCACUUUGCUCUAAACCCUCCAACUGUUAGUGGAGACGUCUUGCAGAGUUGUGGUAAUACAGUGAUAUACAGUCCUGAGCAGCUUCCCCCAGAGAACUCUUCCUUCCUGGAGAGGAGCUUUGUGUGUCGCUUCCGCUGCCUCCUGGACAAUUCCUCUGGCUUUCUGGCUCUGAAGUUCCAGGGGCGACUGAAGUACCUCCAUGGCCAGAAGGACAACGGGACCUGUAACAAACCUCAGCUGGCACUGUUCACCAUUGCUAUGCCCAUCCAGCCUCCAUCCAUUGUGGAGAUCAGAGCUAAAAUGCUCCUCUUUCAAACCAAGCACAAGCUGGACUUCACACCCACGGGCAUUGAUGGCAGGGGUAAGAUUGUUCUGGGCUAUUCAGAGACCGAACUGUGUAUGAAAGGCUCCGGCUACCAGUUCAUCCACGCAGCUGAUAUGAUGUACUGCGCCGACAACCACAUCCGCAUGAUUAAAACAGGAGAGAGCGGUAUGACUGUUUUCAGGCUCCUGAGUAAGUCGGGUGGCUGGGUGUGGGUGAAGGCCAAUGCCAAGCUGAUCUACAAAGAAGGAAGACCUGAAUUCAUCAUUGCACAUCAGAGAGCUUUAGUCAACGCUGAGGGUGAGGAGUAUCUGCGUCAGAGGAGGCUGCAGCUUCCCUUCACCUUCACCACAGGAGAGGCCGUCCUCUACAACUCCGGCCCCACAGUGGACAUCACACAGUUUCAGUUCAAUAAAAUAUUUAGUAACAAUGACGUGAACAAGGAUGCGGCCCCCCGCUCUUUGGUGGACUGCUUCCUGAGACAGGAUGAAACGGCCUACACCCAGACAGUGGAUACCCCCUUACCUGUGGAUCAGGUGUUCAUGGACAGCCGGGCCCUGGUCAGCGUUGCCAGUGACCAAUGGAAGGAAAGUGGGGCUAUAUCCACAACAGGUGACCCUGUUAUAGUGAAAGAGGAGGCCAAACAGUCAGUGAUGGCUGUGAUUGACAACCUGGAAAAAAUAGCUCAAAAUGGUGACUUUUGUACAGUGUUGCAGAAUCUGGAGGUCGGUGAUGCAGAGCUGAUGGAGUGGGAAAACGCCGUCAAGAGAUUAAGUCAGGAUGAGAAUCAGCAGAACAAUAUCAGGUCUGAGCUGGACAGCAUACUCACUAAUGACAUAUUUGACUACAUUGACAAUGUUUUGUUCAAGGAGAAGGGAGAAGAUUGUCUAAACUCCAGCCCUCCCAGCUGCCUCACAGCAGUCAACAAUAAUCAGCAGGUCCCCUUCACUCAGGCUGUCCGGCCCUCAACCACUGGCCUCUGUGAGCCACAGUUGUUUCAGACACCGAGCCCUAAUCGUACUUACUCUCCAGUGAAUGGUCUCUAUGCUCCCCAGCAGGAUACGAUGAAUGGACCAGUGAUUACAGGGCAAAGCUUAGCAGAGUCUGCUCAGAUAUUCAGCAGCACCCAGAAACUCUCCCACCAUGGUUCCCUGAUUACUCAGGCUGACACCAACCUGCCCCCUCUUCAACAGCUGCAGCUCCAGGACAUUUUCAGACCGUCUAUAGACUUCCCAGAGCUCACUGUUCCUGGUGCCUCAGCCCCUUUUCAAUCCUGUGGGCAGGCAUCUAUCAGCCACAUGGGCUGCCCUCAGGGGAUUUCUGGACAGACACAGUCCAGCCAACGUCUGCUGUGUCCCCAAAACAAUUUGCAAGCUCCUGCAAUGGCAGCAAAUGGACAGAUUCUGCAGGGCUCUCUUCACCAAUCAACCAAUGUAGCACCCGGCCUAAUGGACAUUUUGCCACCCCUGAUUCCUUGCAAUGACUUUAAUUCCUCUAGCACACCUAAUAUUUCCAUUCCCUUUGCCACAGCUUGUCUGCAAGGAAGCCCUCCUUUGGAAACGCACAACCACCAGCUUCAGCAGUGGCCGCAGAGCCAGCAGCAGAAGCUGCCUCAUGCUGGCAUCAUGCAUAAUGGACAUGAGCUGAUGCCAGCAUGCCACAGCCAAACUUCAGAAAGCCAAACAUUCCAACGUGCUGGCCUUUGGCCAAGGAGUGCCACCGGACUGAACCACACUCAACAGGGAGGGCUGGCAUGUGGCCAGGCAGCUUCUCAAAGCAGCUGCAUGUUCGACCAGCACUUUUCUUCCAGUCCAGCAGGAGGCAACAUCCUGCCGCUUUCUGGGUCUUCAGGCCUGAGGGGGGCUGACACGUCUCUGGAUCAGAGUCCCCCUCAAGGUUCCUGCUACUUCCAGUGGAGCCACAGUGAGCCUGUGGUAGGCACGACAGCCAUCGACCAGCAGAACGCCAACAUCAGUCCAAUGACUGCCUCGCCCAUCGUGUCCUCUUCAGAGCACACAGUCAGCAUUCAGCACUACCUGGAACGCCACAGACAGACACAGGAUGAAAGAGUAUGCGCUGAACGUAAUGGAUUUUUCGCCACUCCUGCCCGUGACGUAGCCAUGUACCUGUCAGAGUAGAGCCAAGCCAUAUUGUUAUUUCUGUUGCAUCAAGUCCAGGAGAAGGACAAAACACAGUAUAGUCUGCCUGUAUCAGUGCUUAUCCACAGCCUCUCAUGCUUACCAUUAUUGUCGUAUGUUUUAUAUCACUCUUGUAUCAUAUAUACUUUGUCCGGUCUGUAAAGUUUAAAAGCUGCUGCUUAUCAGUUUUUAGUGAAGAUACUAGAUAAUAAUAAUGAUAAUGAAGUAUAAAGCCACAAAUACGUUUACCAGGAUGGAGCUUGAUCCAGCUAGGAGGAUUUAUCAAGUAAAUCCAAAAAGCCAAAGAAAUAUCUUUUUAUAAGGGAAACCUAAAAAUACAAAGAAUCUGAACAUGAUGGGUUUUUUUUUAUAUAAUCAAUCUAAACUUUGAUGCUGACAAAGUGGAGGCUUUUUCUGAAAGUCCUCCUCUAUGUAAAAAUCAGUGAUCGAAAGCUGACAGCUGUACCUUCAAAUGAAUAUUAUUAUAGAUAAAAUAAUCUGUAUAUAUUAAAUUAAACCCUUAAGUGUGGUUGACAUAAAUGUUUAAAUACAACCUGUAAUUCACUGUACUAGUAGUAUUUGUUUGGCUCACAAAAAUUUCAUAUGUACAGAAUACAUCAACAUGUUAUACAUGUGUUUAUCUGUGUGCAGUAUAAAUGUGCCUUUAUGGAGAAUACUUUCCAGUUAGGGAUGCAGCGAUGUCUCAAAUCCCAAAAUUUGAGACCAACAGUUAACAUGUCAGAAAUAAUCAGAGAAAAUCAGAAUUGGGAAACAUGGUUUGGUUGCCACCAAACUAUUAUAAUUAUAUUAAUAAUAAUGAUCUUUUUUAUAGAGCACUUGUCAAAAUUUGUGUUACAAAGUGCUUCACAAAGGCAGCAAAAUAAAACAGACAAGUCAUAAAAUACCGUGUCUUCGUCAGAGCGGCACCACCCAAAGAAAAUUCAUAGUUUAAUUUUGACAGAUUUGCACUGAAACUCACACUCGGUGUGUGUGUGUGUGUGCGUUCUCAACAUUAAAAACUGAAAAAAACAUUUACCAUAUUUUAGAACCAUAUUCAUGCACUCAUCUCAACAAAAUGCUUAGUGAUUGCAAAAAAAGAAAGUCUAAUAAUUGGAGUAUGGCAUGAGUUACAGUAGAAGCCUGUAUCUUCUAUGUCAAACUCAACAACUUAUUCUUUCUCAAAAUGCUCUACCUCACUGACGAUGCAGUGUCCCAUUUCAUUGGCCAACUCCUUUGAAUGAUGCAGCCAACAAAAAGUGGGUCCACACUGAACAUGGACCUCCCCUCUAAAUGAGACAGCCAUUCUAACAGUUACCAAAACUAAUGGUGCGUUCAGGAGCUCCUCAUCAACUUGUAAGUCGAAAACAUUCACCUAUAUCACAGCAAACUUGCCCUCAAACGGACAAUAAGGGAUGUGUGUGAUUUCUGUUCCAUUCUCAGAUACUUGUUGAUCUUACAUGGGAACAGCCUAAAAUGUAUACUGCCUUAACCCAAACAUAAAUGUAUAUGAUAUACCCGCUGAGCUGCAUGACCAUAUACAUUUUCUUGUGUCUUCAUGCUGAAUAAGCAGCUGAAAAGUAUAUCCAUAUAAAUAUAUCUGUGCCUUCUUGUAUAAACCAUCUUAAAAUAACAUUUUACUCACAAGUUCUUUUUACAAGGCAAUCCUUUGGAGCUGCUAAUUUAAGGAAAGCCAUGUUCGUAGUCCAUUUUCAAUUACACAAACAUCUUUAACAAUGUAAAUAAGGGAAAACACUUCACUUCAGUCGUGACCUAUGUCUAAAGAGAUGAUAAGGUUUCUUUCAUUGAUGGACAGAAUGAAAAUGUACCAAGCAGAGUAUUUAGAAUCAAGAAUGUGGAGAUUUUAACUGGUCUAACAAUGCAUUCAGAUCACAUUUACUUUGCUGUGUCUGUUUCCUGUUUGUACUCUUCAGUCUAUUUUGGCUCCUUUUUUAACUGAUUUUCACCAGAUGUUUAUGUAAUAUCCACACUACAAAAACAACAAUAAUGGUUUGGAUUGACAUAGCAGCUUUACCGUAUUCCUGCUGCGCACUGUGGGAAAUCACUUAGUAUUUUACCUUUCCUCAAGAAUCUAUUGUUUUUGGAAAUACCUUUCAAGUACAAUGUUCAAAAAUGGAAAAAUGACCAUCUUAAUUGAAAUCUUAAAGGAAAAAAACCUAAGGGUCUUAUGGCAGAUUAGCCUCUUUUCCUGUGUCCUGGUUGCUCAUUUUAAUGUUGAAAGAGCAGUGAUGAAAACCUCACUUAGAGGAUCUCAAUGUGAAGAAGACUGUGGAGGCUAAGGACAGCCUAUAAGCCUUUGAUAUUGGACUUUGAAACAGACAAGUCAUGACUGGAGCCACUAUGAAAAACCUGGAGCCAAAUGUUUUAUUCACAGCGAUGUUAAUGUUUUUAAGCUAACGUGCCUUGACAGUUGCCAUAUAUCUGUUAUUUGUAAAAAAGAAAAGGAAAAAAAAAUCACAACUAUUCAGUUUAAUGUAAUGACUUAUAUUUAGCCAAGUAGUUAUCCUAUCUAUAUCAUGAUAUAUGUUAAACAAAUAACCACCCUUUGUCCACUGUUAAAUGCUUUUUCAUAAAUAUAUGUGUGCAAUGAA